UUUUAUUCUGCGUGCGUGUGUGACAUCUUGCAUUUGGAGGUGUGGAAGAAAAACUGGAAUUUCUGGUGGAUUCAGGACGGUCUUAUCGCUGGAAGGUGUUUAAAAACCAGGGCAACGAUGACGGCUCACGAUCAAAUGCGAGCCAUGCUGGAUCAGCUCAUGGGAACGGCCAGAAAUGGUGAAUCUAACCGCUACUCGACCAAGUUCUACGACAACAAAGUAUGUAAAAGUUUUUUGUUAGGAUGCUGUCCACAUGAGAUCCUCGCCUCAACGCGCAUGGACCUGGGAGAGUGUCCCAAAGUGCACGAUCUUGCCCUGAGAGCCGACUACGAGAAUGCUGCCAAAAGUAAGGACUACUACUACGAUGUCGACGCCAUGGAACACCUGCAGGCCUUCAUUGCCGAUUGCGAUCGGCGGACGGAGGCGGCCAAGAAGCGGCUGGCCGAAACGCAGGAAGAGCUGACGGCGGAGGUGGCUGCGAAAGCCAACGCCGUCCACGAACUGGCAGAGGAAAUCGGUAAGAAACUUGCUAAGGCAGAAGCUUUAGGUGAGGCAGGGCAAGUCGAGGAAAGCAUGAAGCUCAUGUCGGAGAUCGACGAGCUGCGGGCGCGGAAGGCCAAAGCCGAACAGGAGUAUCGAAGUGCCAUACCGGCCAGUAGCUACCAGCAGCAGAAGUUACGCGUGUGCGAGGUUUGCUCGGCCUAUCUGGGCAUCCACGACAACGACGUUCGGCUAGCGGAUCAUUUCGGUGGUAAGCUUCAUCUAGGAUUUUUGGCAAUUCGAGAAAAGCUGAUAGAGCUGGAAAAGACUGCCGGUCCAAGGCAGAAGGAGCUGCGGCGGAAUGGUCGUCGCGAAGGCGGCAGCUUCGAUGAUGAUCGUGCCCGAUCACGGUUCGUUGGCAGUCGUGAGCUGGAUAGACGUUCGAGGGCACUUGUUCGCGACAAGGAUCGCGACCGGCGAGACAAUCGCGGUGAGCGAAAACCAUCGUCGGAGCGACCGGAACGUACCGACCGUUCGGAACGUCGCCGUUCGAAAAGCCGCGAACGACGGACACGGAGCCGCGAUCGUCACUCACGAGAUCGUGACCGUGACCGCCGUGAUCGCGACCGCGAUCGGGAUCGUGACCGUCGUCGCCGUACACGCUCGAGGGAAAGAUCCAGACGGUAAGCAUUGACCUUUAGCUACUACUACUACUACCACCGACACACAAAUUUAGCGGAAGAAGCGGAGUAAGCAGCAUGGUGAUACUUCAAGCAGUGCGGAUCCAGGAUGGUUCAGCUGGAAAGCCGUAAGCAAUAUCCCAUUCAAUGCAUCUAAACCGAUUAAAUGUUUCUCCGAUUCUCUUUUCUUCUGGUGUGUCGACAGUUGUAGAAUAUGAAGUGUUUUUUUUAUGUGUAUGUAGUGCGAAAUGAAUGAUAAAAUUCCGUAUGGGUAUGUAAAUUACCCAUAAAGUUAACAAACAGAAGAAAAUCCAAUUUAAGCAAAUUAGUAGAAAUUUUAUCGUAAAUAAACUAAACCGAAGCAAGUGGAUAUGUAGCUGUACACUAGGCUUGUCAAGAUCGAGGAGGACGAUUAGCUAUUCCACGGCUCAUCAGUGUGUCAUACACAGUGUUUCUCACGGCGCGAGCGUCCCGGUGUGUUCUAUCAGGAAACCAAUUCGACUUUCGGUAAGAAUGCUUUUCUUUUCAUUUACGUUUUAUGAUUUCUCUACUUAUGGCAUAUUAUAAUUCUACUGUGUGAACUAAACAUUCAUUUCCUGAUAAAAUUCACCUACCUCGACGGCACAGACUAAGCUCUGUUGUGCUGUUUGUAAAUGUAUUUUUUUUUGUUCGAGUGCGAUUAGUUGGUGCACGGUUCGGAACCGUUGCUUUGGUCGUCGUACUUUAAGAGAAAAUUUAAUUUCGACACACAAACGCAAAUGUAAUGUUGUAAUACAUAAAUAGAAGUAAUUCAAAUUCACCAUAUUACAGUCCCAAUUUAUACAUACAUACAUCCCACUAAAUGAUCGUGCUUUAGCUAUUAAGGGUAGAAUUUUCGCGAAUACGAUUUAAGAUUACUCUAUUGCUACAACUAUUAUUACUGAAUUGGUGUACAUCUGCAAAUCAGACUACUGAGUAUUGAAUAAAGGGUGAACCAUUUUA